ACCAGCAUGCUGUUUGUGUGCGUGCGAGUCGCUCGGAUUGUGUGGGCACUGAACAGCAGCAUCUGAAGACAGACUCGCCCUCACGAUUAGCUCUGCUCUCCGUUGAGACAGGAUGAACUAAAGCAGAGGCAUCUCUCUGUGUUUUUUUUUUGCCUCUUUCACCAUGGCUGGAUUUUAUAACUGUCUGCGAGGAAAAACGGACUACAGUGUAAUGGCUUCAGGGCUUUCAGAUGUGACAGCAAACCAGGAGCCAACAGACACCACAGAAGAAUGCCCAGGGAAGAAAAAGUCAAAGUUCCAGACUUUUAAAAAGCUUUUUACCAAGAAGAAAAGAAAAGAGUCGCCCUUGUCCAGUGGAGAGAGUGCCCUGAAGUCCAGUCAGUCCAGUGAUGAUCUCAACGCUCCCAAGCCCGCACCAGUCCAGUCUGCCCCCAGCGAGGAUUCUGGGUCAAAGGUUAACAUGGGAAACAAGGCCAUGUCACAUGACAGUGUCUUUGUUUCUGAUUCACCUUCAUCUGAAACCAAUGAUGGCAUGGUCUCGUCGCAAGAGAGCAUUCAUGGGAAAGUGAAGUCUUUACAGUUGCAGCUGAAGGAGGCCAUCCGAGUGGGUUCCCCUCCGGCCCUCAUCUGCCCUAAGAGGGGAGAGGACACUGGCGCCCUGUCGGAGGACGACGGCCUGCCACACAGUCCCCCAGAGAUGUCCACUCUUCACACAGUGCUGACAGGGUCAUCUCAAAGGUCCUCGAAUCCUGCCGAAAGGACCAGUUUGCUGAGCCUUGAAGGAUCUGACAGUGAUGAUGACGAGAUGUCUUGUGAGGCCUCCUCCAGACCGGCCAGCCCGUUUAUUACCCUCCCGGCAGACUUCAGUCAGCCUGCCAGUCCGGCCGGGUGCCUAGACAGCUCUGCCGCCCGCCACCGUAUCGCCCUCAAACACAAGGCCUGCGCCAAACGGAAGCCUGCCAGCAGGGACAUAUCAGACAGCAGUAAACUGAAGGUUUUUGGUGGGACACAGAGAACAGCAGAAGACGACCUGACUGUAGUCAAUACAGAACCAUCUUCAGAGGAGUGGGAAGACAAAGAUGUAAUGAUGGAGCAGACAGACGCUGACAGGGACAGGACUGAAGCACAGCCAAUCUCCAGUGUCUCAUCCCUCGUGGAGCCUGCAGUCACAGUCUGCCUCCUCACAAGGGAUCAUGAGGAGCAGGAGGAGCAGAGCACAGCACAGGAUCCGUCUGAUAAGGGAUCCCAGCUCCGUGAUGCAUCUUCCUCUUCAGAAAAUGAGUCGGAUGCAGAGGAGAUUCCCUCAGCUUCACACCCUGUCCCAGAGCCCCAGCAGUUCCUCCAGACUGCAGCACUGGCCUCUCUGGUGCCCCCUGCUGGCCACUGCACUGACCCGGUGUUGCUGGGGGGGUGUGAGGCAGACAAUGGGGGGCCAGGCUCGCUCCUUGAGGAGGUGCUGAACUCGCUGGAGGGACCGUGUGCCGCCACACAUGUCAUAGAGCCUGAUGACACUGCCCUGGAGCUCCGGACAGAGUGCAACGCGAGUGAGAAUUUGGCUGAGGACCAAGGAUCCUCGUGUCCUGCCUCAGAUUGUCCCCAGGCCAGAGGACCAUCAGCACCUGGCCCAAAGGGACCCUCACCCCCUUAUCUAGGGGAUCCCUGCACAGAUGCGACCUCUAACAAAGAGCAGUGUGAGGAAUUGGGAAAGUGUGACAAGCAAGAUGACAGCACAAGCCCUGUUGAAUAUUGCACUGAAGACAACUACCUGCCAGAGGAGGUGGAGGAGAAGGAGGAUGAGGAGCAUGAGACAGAGGAGAAACUGGGGGAGGGGCUUGAGGACACAGGGGAGGAGUUUGAGGAAGCAGGAGAGGAGCUUGAGGGCACGAGAGAGGAGAUCAAGGAAGAGGGAGAGGAGAACAAGGAAGAAGUAGAGGAACUCGAGGAAAAGGAAGUGGAGUUUGAGGAAGAGGGGGAGAAUGUGGAAGCAGAAGUAACUGCAGCAGCCUGUGAACAGCCAUCCUCAGUGGAGCUGAAGGAGGAAGAGGCCUCCUCAGACUCCACAGGCACAGCAGGAGUGCAGUCAGAUGAUGAUUCUGAUUCGGAGCGCGGCAGCAUCACGAGCUUGGAGCGCACCUUUGAGCACUCUACCCCUGUUGAAAAUGUGGGUGACUGCGACCGUCCAUCCCAGCCAGCAAACAAGAGCACAUUGACCCCUGAGCAGAACCAGCUCACAGCAUUGGAUCCAAGUGUAGAAGAACCUGGUGACACCACAGACAACGUUUCAGAGCCCAGCACUGGGAAUCACAGCAACAUCUCACAAACUGCUGAGGAUCAUGGGAAACAGCCCGCCAGCACUGGUAGCAAAGUCCGCUUCACUAUUGCCCCUGCCUGGCAGAGGUCACUGUCAGGAGGCGCGUCCAGAGAGCCACAUUUUGCCCCGCCGGUUGACCCUGAGGCAUUUGAGGAAUGGUCUGAUGGGGCAAGGGACCCUGUCCGCCAGAUGAAGGACCGGAUGGUGGAACCCCUGCCUCCUGUGAAGGCAGACCCCCGUUCCAGCCCUAACAGAACCCCCUUUGCAUCCCCUCUCCUUCGAGAACCCUCACCUCAAGAGGCAGGGAGUGCUGAGAAUCCCUUCGGGAUUCGGCUGAGGAGAACCUCAGCUCUGCUACGCUACUGUGACACGGGCGUCUUAGAGCUUACGGGGAACACUGCCCUAGCAUUGCCCACCGAACCCCAGAAUCCACCCCUCUCCCAGCCCCCCAACACCAAACCCACUCCUCCCAAGAAACCAGACCCUCUGGAUGACACUACUGCCAAGGUUAAAAAGACUCCAGAGCUGGCCGUUGGUAGAGCACCUGAAGGAGGGGUUGCUGCACCAAGUUGGAUUUCUGUAGCCAGGCAAAAACAGAAAGUCUUCAAAGAAAACUCGCUGGAUGAGACAGCUCAGAGAAAAUCCACAUCAGAGCAGAAUGAACCUCAAAGGAAAAUAUCAUUACCAGUCCCAAUAAGUCAGACCAACAAAGAACAGCCAAUGCCUUCAAAUUCACCAACAGCAGCACCCUGGUCUCAGGAGAUCUCUGCAAAUGCCACUGCAGAAAGGGAAGGGAAGAGGGUGCUGUCACACUUGCCCCCCUCUCCCCUGGGCCAAGAUGAGCCCCCCUGGAUGGCACUGGCCAAGAAGAAGGCUAAAGCCUGGAGUGAGAUGCCCCAGAUAGUGCAGUGAGAAGAGGCCACCACAAACCUGCACACAACAUUCCAUCUUUUACCAAAGGAUUUCUUACCCUUAUGUCUGACAGGCCCAUGCUCCAGGAAUGCUCCAGAAUACCCAUGUAAAAUACACACAGGAGGGGAGGGGUAGUUUUGUUUUUGAACAGAAAAUCAGACUCAUUAAAAAUGAGGUGUCUUAUUACAAGUUUACUGUCUUUUUAUUACGCUUGUUUACAUAUGCACACAUUU